GCAUGCAGGAGGAGAAGGAAAAGAGGGUGGAGAACAGGCCACCAGCAGUACAGGGAUCACCCCACAACGGCCAGCCCCCACCCUGCAUGAACCCUGCCUUGAUGAACGCUCCUUGGCAGUACCACUACCAAGAGGAUGACUCUCCGCCUCUGGACCAGGGCUUCCCACGGCUCACUAACGAGGUGCGCUCCCCCGAGCUGGUGCACGUGUCCGAGAAGAACCUGUCCGAGAUCGAGAAUGUGCACGGCUACGUGUCCCAUUCCCACAUCUCUCCUCUCAAGGCCAGCCCUGCCCCUAUAAUUGUCAACACAGACACUUUGGAGUCGGUUCCUUAUGUCAACGGCACAGAAAUUGAAUAUGAGUUUGAGGAAAUCACUCUGGAGCGGGGUAACUCAGGUUUGGGCUUCAGCAUCGCUGGAGGGACCGAUAACCCGCACAUCGGCGACGACCCCGGCAUCUUCAUCACCAAGAUCAUCCCUGGAGGUGCUGCAGCAGAGGAUGGGCGCCUGAGGGUGAACGACUGCAUCCUGCGGGUGAAUGAUGCAGACGUGUCUGAGGUCUCUCACAGUAAGGCGGUAGAGGCCCUGAAGGUUGCAGGUUCUAUUGUCCGACUGUAUGUGCGGCGCCGCAGGCCGAUGCUAGAGACCAUCAUUGAGAUCAAACUCAUCAAAGGACCAAAAGGGCUUGGCUUCAGCAUUGCAGGUGGAGUUGGAAACCAGCACAUCCCUGGUGACAACAGUAUAUAUGUCACCAAAAUCAUUGAUGGCGGGGCAGCACUGAAGGAUGGCCGGCUACAGGUUGGAGACAGACUGUUAAUGGUGAACAACUACAGUCUGGAGGAAGUGUCUCACGAAGAGGCUGUGGCCAUCCUGAAGAACACGUCGGACGUGGUCUACCUAAAGGUGGGAAAGCCCACCAAUGUCUACCUAUCAGAUCCCUAUGGGCCUCCUGAUAUCACACACUCUUUCUCUCCAGCCAUGGAAAAUCAUAUCUCUUCCCCAAUCAACAGUGGCACUCUGGAGUACAAGUCCGGUCUCCCCCCCAUCUCCCCCGGGAGUUAUUCCCCCCUCCCUAAGCACUUACUGGGGGAAGAGGAUAUAAACAGAAAUCCUUCGCUAGAUGAUGGGGAGGGUCACAGGUUUGAGUCCCAGCACUUCCAGUUGAGGGAACCCAGGAAGGUCGUGCUCCACAAAGGCUCCACGGGCCUGGGCUUCAACAUCGUGGGUGGUGAAGAUGGCGAGGGAAUCUUUGUCUCCUUCAUCCUGGCUGGAGGGCCCGCCGACCUGAGUGGAGAGCUGCGGCGAGGCGACCAGAUCUUAUCGGUGAAUGGCAUUGACCUGCGAGGAGCCACACAUGAACAGGCGGCAGCAGCACUUAAGGGAGCAGGACAGGUGGUCACCAUCAUCGCCCAGUACAGACCAGAAGAGUACGGGCGUUUUGAGGCCAAAAUCCAUGACCUGCGGGAACAGAUGAUGAACCACAGCAUGAGCUCUGGGUCAGGAUCCCUGCGAACCAAUCAAAAGAGAUCGCUCUACGUGAGGGCACUGUUCGACUAUGAGAGGUCAAAGGACAGCGGCCUUCCCAGCCAGGGCCUCAGCUUCAGGUACGGGGACAUCCUCCAUGUCAUCAACGCCUCCGAUGAUGAGUGGUGGCAGGCCCGCCGUGUCACCCCGCACGGGGACAGCGAGGAGAUGGGCGUCAUCCCCAGCAAAAGACGGGUGGAGAGGAAAGAGCGGGCGCGUCUAAAGACUGUGAAAUUCAAUGCCAAGCCAGGGUCGUUCGAUUCAAAAGGGUCAUUCAAUGACAAACGUAAAAAGAAUUUCAUCUUUACACGAAAGUUCCCAUUCUACAAGAACAAAGAGGGUGAGCAGGAUGGCAGUGAUUCAGACCGGAGUCAAGAGGACGUGAUUCUCUCAUAUGAACCUGUGAUGCGGCAAGAAAUUAGCUAUGCCAGGCCCGUCAUCAUCCUCGGCCCGAUGAAGGACAGGAUCAACGAUGACCUGAUAUCUGAGUUCCCUGACAAGUUUGGCUCUUGUGUGCCGCCUGCUAUAAGCUCAGGGCACCAAGAUACCACUCGGCCGAAGAGGGACUACGAGGUGGACGGGAGAGACUACCACUUUGUGAUGUCCAGAGAGCAGAUGGAGAAGGACAUCCAAGAGCACAAGUUUAUCGAGGCGGGACAGUACAAUGAUAAUCUGUAUGGAACAAGCGUCCAGUCUGUGAAAUACGUGGCUGAGAGGGGUAAACACUGCAUCCUGGACGUGUCUGGAAAUGCCAUCAAACGGCUACAAGUAGCACAACUCUAUCCCAUCGCCAUCUUCAUUAAACCUAAGUCUAUUGAUUCAUUAAUGGACAUGAAUAAGAGACUGACAGAGGAACAAGCCAAGAAGACGUUUGACAGGGCUAUGAAGCUGGAGCAGGAGUUUGGUGAAUUCUUCACAGCCCUGGUUCAAGGAGACACCUUAGAGGACAUUUAUAACCACUGCAAACAGGUCAUAGAGGAACAUUCAGGACCCUAUAUCUGGAUCCCCUCAAAGGAGAAACUAUAAUAACUCAUCACUCUGGAUUGGAGUCUGGACUGCUAGAAACUAGUAAUAAGUUGUAACAUAUGAUAACUGUAUGGCGAUGAAUAGUCUUCAUUAAUAACUAUUCUGAAUAUGUUUUUUUUUUUAUUUUGACUUUUCUCUUUUGUUUGGUUCUUACUUCAUUUUUCACUCAACAUGAAUGUUCCUGAAUGUAUACCGCCAAGUGUUAGGACAUUUUAGAAACAUGAACCGUUUGUAUAUUUGCUGAUUUUUAUUUGAACAACAACAAGAAAAAAAAAAAAAAAAAGGAAAAGAAAUGUGACGGAUGCUAAAUAAAUGUGGACACGUGUUUUGCGUCAG